GGGGAACGGGGGCCCCGGAGCCGCCGAGCUCCAGGCAGCGCUGCUGUCCGGCCCCCUUAGCAGGGCUUGUCCGGGGCGGGAGCCGAGCUGGUUGGCUUGCAAAGGAAAUUUGAAAACUCAUUUCCUUCGCUUCAAGGGAGGUGUGUCCCCUCGAACACCCAGCCGCUGUCUCGGGGUAGGUGGUGGCCGUAGGCCCGGCAGAGCUGCCCACGUGUGUCUCCAUCGCUGUCUCAGGUGAACAGACAGCUACAUGUGAGAGAAACCCCGCCUCGAUGUCUGUCAUAUCAAAGUGAAGCUUCUCUCUGUUGUAAUCACUUCUUGUUGACUGUAUCGGCAUCGCUGUGCUUGGGCUGUACGGGCUCAGAGAAAAACUAAUGCAGGAGGAACCAACUCUGUUACAAGCUGCAUUCACUCUCCUUCAUUCUCUGUAUCCACCCAGGUACUGAGGUACCAGGCUUGGUGUCGGGAGUUGGAGCAGCAAGUGAAAGACGGAGGGGUGAGUGUGCAGGUUGUGGACUUACGAGAGUGUACGUAGCAUUCCCAAGUGCAGACCAAAAAAACACCUCCACAAUGCAGUGACAGGAAAACAAGAUUUUAUUGUCUGAGGGUUUAGAGAAGCUCUCUGAGUUUUCCCAUCGGUUUUGUCCAGUUGCCAUUCUUAGGGCAGCCAGUAGUCCCAGAAAUGCUAGUCUGAAACACCCAGCUGAGGAUUUUAAUUUUGUGAAAGAGUUUAUAGGUGCAGUAACCUUUGUCCUAGGUCUCAGGAGAGGACUGUGCUGCCUGUUACAUGGUACAGCUGUCUUGGAGGAAGAACCAGUUGAAACAGCAUUUUGGGAGGCAGGAAUGCUGGUGUUCAACGUACAGAUCUGGCUCUGUGCUUUUCUUUCUGCUUCACAGCUAAAGUAAACGUAGAAACCGAAAGGUAGAAAAGGAGAGCCUUCCCAGGCUUCAAGUCAGCACUUGAGGUCAUGAGCUGAGGAUGCGUAGCUGUGAGGGAGUGUGGGAGAACUGACUAACAGUGGGAGAGUGAGGAGAGCUACUCACUGAGUAACACUCUUCCCUUCUCCUCCCUUCUUCCUGUAGUCACAGCACUGUUACAUCUGGAAAAAGCCAUGAGCUCCUGAGAUACCCAGCUAAUGGGCAGGAAGGUGGUGGAUGCUAACACUGGUGAAGGAAACACCAGCAUUUGACUAAACAUUUCCUUUCCUCUUAAGGGAUCCCUUCCAGGCAGGUGGGAAGCCAUAGCAGACCACAGCCUGGAGAAAGCCCUGCUUCAGGUGGAAGAGGAGCAGCAAAGGUACAAGGAAGAAGCAUUUCUUCAUACUUGGUAUCCUGGAUGCUCAUGGAAGUGAGGGAAAACCUGUUGGUGCUGCCUGAUGUCCCCAGGGGAAGCGGUUGGGCAAGCUGCUUUGACAGGAGAAAGGUGUGAGAACCUGGCAGAAGUGAACGCUCUCCUGCGGGAGCACCUUGAUAAAGCCAGUGAGGUUAAUUCAGCCCUCAGAGAAGAUGUUGGGAAGCUGACGGUGGAUUGGACGAGGGCCCGGGAGGAGCUGGAGUUGAAGGAGAGCGAAUGGCGCCGUGAGCGUGAGCUCUAUGACAGCUACUUAAGGGGGGAACACAACCGUCUACUCGGCCUGUGGCGUCAGGUGGUGACGUUCCGCCGUCAUUUCCUGGAAAUGAAGACAGCCACGGACCGAGAUUUGUCAGAGCUGAAGGCGGAACAGAUAAGGCUUUGUGGGUCUGUCCUGGUGAACUGCUCCCGCCUGAGCUCCAGCGUCCAGCUCAGGGAGUCCAGCACUCUGGCUAAACCUGUCCUGAAGGAUCAGGCAGAGCAGCAAGUGGAACAGAAAAUAAACCAGAAGGCUCAGGAAGUGGUGGCCUCACAAGUAAGGUGGGACCUGGAGAAGAAGGAGCUUCAAGACAGGGUGAUGGAGCUCUCAGCCUUGCUUGUACAGUCUCAGAAGCAGAACGAGGAGAAGGAGAAGACCAUGAAAACACUUAACGACACAGUGGAGAUUCUAGAAUCAAGUUGGAUAGAGAAAGAAUUUGAAGUUUCAUUGACUAAAAGUGCCAAAGAAGAGAAUCUUUUCCUCCAAAAGCUCAUAAAAAAUAUCACUGAGGUGGUGUUGGACGACAGUGACAGCCUGGUCAGCAUUAUCUGCACUGACAGUUCCCAUCAUGCGCAGUCUGGGAGCAUCUUCUCCUCUCCAAGAUUGGUUGAUACAGGGCAUGCCUUUGGAUUGGUUCUGGAAGCACUGGCAAGGAUGCGAGGGGCAACACAGGCCCUGAGAGAAGAGCUUUCUGCAAGGGAGGACUCAAACAAUUUCCUGCUGCAGCAGCAGAGACAGCAGGAAGAGAAGUGCAGGGAGGUGCAGCAAAAGCUUGAGAAACUGGAGGAGAAAUGCAAGAGGUCCAGCAGCCACCAGCAACACCUGCAGUCCUUGGUAGAGGAACUCAGGAGGGACUGUGCAAAUCUUGAGAAAACUAGGGAAGAGCUACAGCAACAGCUUGGAUUAAUGGAGCAAGAAGCCUCUUGCCUACGUCAGAGUAAAGCUGAGCUGCAGCUGAAGGAAGAGUCAGCCCAGGUGGAAAAGGCAGAGCAGCAGGAGAGGAUGGAGAGAGCGCAGCGUGACCAGGAGCUCCUAGUGAAGGACUUGGCUGCACUUGAGGGAAAACACUCGUCAUUGCAGAGGGAGUUGUUAGUCAUGAGACAGACACUGGAGAAACUGCAGCUUCAGAGGGAUCUGCUAGAGCAAGAGAAGGAUGAGCUUACCAUGGCUCUGGAGAAGGCAGAGCAGUCAGUGGCAGAGCUGGCAGGGGCUCAGAACGUGCUGAACGCUGAAAGAGCCGAUCUACAGGCUGCAGCAGCGAAGAUGAGCAGCAUCAAUGAAGCUCUUGCACUGGACAAAGUGGAGCUGAACAAGCACGUGCUGCAGUUGGAGCAAGAGAAGGAAGUUCUGUUGGCUAAAGUGGAUGAGAUGGAGAGAGCAAAGAUCUCUGAGCGGGAGAAGCUGAACUUCUGUGAAAGAGCUAACGAAGAGCUCUGCACAGAGAAAGCCCAGCUGGAGCAGCUGCUGAAGGAAGCAGAGGAGCAACAGGAGGAGUUGCGGGUGGAACUGAGGGCACUGGGAGAGGAGAAGGCAGAAACCCAGGAGAAAUUCCAACAGGUUUCCCAGGAGAAGGAGUCGGCUGGCAGGGCUCUGGAGCAGCUGCGCCAGGAGUCCUCCCGGCAGGAGCGCGCGCUGGCCCAGGCGUGCAGGGAGAAGGAGCUGCUGGGGCGGGAGAAGGCAGCCCUGGAGGUGCGGCUGGCAGCCACGGAGCGGGAUCGACACGGCGCUUCCCAGCAGCUGGCAGAGGCCAGGUCAGUGAAGGAGACCCUGGAAUCCAGCCUGUUUGCGGCUCAGCAGCAGGUAUCUCAGCUGGAGAUCACCAGGAGUCACCUGGAAACUCAGCUGCACGCAGUCAUGCAGGCCAAGGAGGUGAUCCAAGGGGAAGUGAAGUGCCUCCAACGUGAGCUGGAAGCAGAGAGAGCCCUCAGGAAGCAGGAAAGGGAAGACAUGGCCCAACAACUCUUGCAGGCAGAGCAGCAGCAUCACGAUACCCUCAGACUUGAGGAAACCGCUCACCAAGGGGAAAUAAAGAAGCUCCUGCAAGACCUGGCAAGCGAACGGGAAGAGCACCAUGCAGAGAUGCAGAAGAUGCUGAAGGAAUGGGAAAAAGGGAAGGCAGAGACAGAAGAGGAGCACGAGAAGAUUCUGUUUGAGAUGAGACAGAAAGUUGCCACCCUGCAGGCUCAACAAGAAGAGGAACGAACGAGAUUGGAAAAUGCCAAGCAAGAGGUCCUGCUGGAAAAGCAGAACGAGAAGAGUGUUCUAUUAGAGACACUGCUCCAAACUCAGGGAGAGCUAAGCCAAGCCUGCCAGUGGGUCCAGCAGCUGAGGCAGGAGGUGCAAGAGCAGCAAGAGAAGGGGCAGACCAUCAAGGCAAAGCUGGAAGCAGAGCUUCAGGAAGCUCAGAGGGAACUCCAGGCAGCGGAGAAGAGGCACAAAGAAGAACUUGAAAGCAUCCAAGAGGAAAUGACCCUCCUCCUUGAGCAGAGGGAGGAUCUACAAAAGCAGGUGGGACACUGGACAUCUCAGCUUGCAGCCUGCAGAGAGUCCCAGGAAGCCGCUGCCCACAAAGCUCAGCAGGAUGUGAGCGAGGCCCAGGAGCUCUCAAAGCAGAAGGUGCUGGAGGUUGAGAGGCUCCGGAAGAUCCUGGAGGAGGCUGAACAGGAGAAGAAGGAGCAGGAAGUUUGUCUGCAGAACCUGGAGAGCGAAAGGAGCCGUUGGGAAGAAACAGAGCGGCAAAACUCAGAAUUUCAGGCUUCAAUGAAGGCCUUAGAGAGGGAAAAAAACAGGUUGACUGUGUGUCUGGAAGAGAAGGAACUGAGCCUCAGAACCCUGGAGGAAAAGAACCUUGCCCAGCAGAACCAAGUGUCUGAGCUCCAUUCUGCUCUUCACCAGGCCAAGCAGCUCCUUUCAGACCGCACAAGAGAACUGCAGGAGCUCAACAGCCAGAUGCAGCCCCUGCAGGAAGCAGUGCUGGAGAAGGAGGCUGCCCUGGCAGCUCGAGAGGAGCAGCUGCUGCAGGCCCUGGAGGAGGCGCGAGCAGGAGAACGGAGCUUGAAGGACUCCCUGCACACGCUGGAGGCCGAGGGGUUUGAGCUGCGCUUGAGGCUCCGGAGCUCUGAGGAGAGGGAGGAGGCCUUGGCCACAGAGUGUCAACAGGCCAACAGAGCCCAGCAGGAAACCCAGUCCCAGCUGGACAAGCUGCUCUUGGUUCUCCACCACGUCAUCAGUGACUGCAGAGACUUGGCCACUUGGAGCUCAGAACAGGGUCAUGUUGUGGGCCUUACUGCUUCUCAGGCCAGGGACAUCCCCACAGAGCUCACGGUGGACAGAGUGGCAGCAGCCCUACAAGACCUGCGCCAACACCUGGAGCAGACUCAGAAAGAUCUGAAUGACACCAGGAAGAAAACACAAGUCUUGGAGCUGGAACUGAGCACGAGGCAGGCUGAGAGGGACCACUGGUGUGCCCGCAAUCAGGAGCUGCACAAAGAGUUGGCUGAAAGCCAGGAAGCGCUGUGGACGGCAGAACACAAGAGGGAUUCUCUGGAAGCUGCCCUGAAGGAAGAGGCCUCUGCAAGGAAGGAGGAGGCUGUGACUCUGCGUCAGGAGGUGGAGUCUCUGCAAAGGAGACUGGAGAGCGUGGAGGAGCAAGGACAGGAUGUGCUGCGUGAACGGGACAGGCUGCAAGCAGAGAAAGAAAAACUGGAGUGUCAGAUCAAACUUCUUGAGGAAUCAGUGACAGCCUCUGAAACCCGAGCAAAUACAGCAACAGAGAGGAAUCACUGCCUUGAACAAGAACUCCAAACUGCACUGUCCCUCUUAAAAAUUAAAAAUGAGGAAGUGGAAAAUCAGAUGGAGAAAAUGGAGAUGCUCCAGAAAGAGGCAGCAGAGGGCAAAGCUUUACAGGAGAAUCUGGCUCGUAUGACUGCCAUCCUGUCCGAGAGGGAGAGAGAAAUGAAGAUGUACCAAGAGCAGAUGAGAGUCCUGGAAAAGCAGAAAGAAAUGCAAAAAACUGCUCUCAAUCAGGUUAUUAAGGACAUAACAGAGAAAGAAAAGAAGACAGAAUCUCAGCAAGAACAGAUAAAGGAGCUGGAGAAGCAACAAGAACAACAAAGGAUUGCUUUAAGCAAAGAACUGGAAGAGAGAGAGCGGGAGAUGAGAUCCCAGCAAGAACAAAUAUGGGAGCUGGAGAAGCAGCGAGAAAUGGAGAGGGCUGCUGUCAGCAAGGUGAGCAAGGAGCUGGAAGAGAGGGAGCAGGAGAUCAGAUCCCAGCAAGAACUGAUAGGGGAACUGGAAAAGCAGUUAGAAUUGCAGAGCACUGCUGUCAGCAAGGUGAGCAAGGAGCUAGAAGAGAGGGAGCAGGAGAUCAGAUCCCAGGAGGAGAAAAUAAUGGUUCUAGAACAACAUGGUGCAUCACAGGUGAGAAAUCUGCUUGACGAUCUUGAUCAUAUGAAGGGAAACCUGAAGGAGAAAAACUUGGAGCUUCUGUCUCUGACUCAGCAGAUCCAAGAACUGGAAAAGGAGAGAGAACAGGGGAAAACGCUGCACACAAGCCUUGAACACCUGAGGGCAGCUCUUAAGGCCAGAGAGAGUGAGUGUGACGCUCAAAGGGAAGAGUUAAAGCUCUUGCAGCAGCACAAGGAACAGCAAGAGGGGCAUCUGCAAGAGCUUCUUGGUGAAGUAGAAAACAUGACACUUUCUUUAUCUGAAAAAGAACGAGAGCUUGAGUCCCAACAAAAGCAAAUGCAGGAAGUUGAAGAAGCCCUGGAAAUGCAGUUGAGGACUGUCCGUGAGCAACUGGAGCAGACCUUGGCAACUUUAAAAGAAAAGGACAGACUCAUAGACACCCAAAAGCAGCAAACAAGGAGCUAUGAGGAAAAAACAGAACAACAGAUGAAUGUCUUGCACAGAGACUUAGAAUACACUAGGACAGUACUGAAAGAAAAGGAUGUCAUGAUUGAAUCUCAGAAGGAACUGAUUGAGACCUUCCGAAAGCAACAAGAAGAAUCUGAACAGCAGAAGGAAAUUCUGCAGCAUCUCCAAGUGGAACUAAAGGAAAAAGAGCAGGAGAUUUUAUCCCUUAGGAAGCAGUGUGAGGCAUGCCAGGAAAAUGAGGAAGAGCAUGAAGCUGAGCAAACAAAUUUCCAAGCGGCAGCACUGACUCUGAAAGAAAGAGAAGAAAAGAUCUGGGUUCUGGAAGAGGCCAUCUCUAAGCUUCAACAGCAAGAGGAGGAGACAGCGGGGCAGACUAAAGCUGUUGUGCAAAAACUGGAAUAUGCUGAGUCCUCUUUAGAAGCCAGAGAUCAAGAGAGAGCAUCUUUGGAUGAGCACGUCCAGGACCUUCGAGAGCAGAAGGAGGUGGAAGGCAGGCAGGCCAAAAGUCUAGAGCAGGAUCAAGACAAAAUGAGGCAGAUGUUGCAGGAGAACCAUUUGGACUUCCUCAAGCAGACAGAGCAAAUGAACAUGUUCCAACUCCAUGAAGAAAGCAUGAAAGUAGCACUAACAUUAUGCCAGAAGCAGAUAACUCUACUUGAGGAGGUGGUGAGGAAGAAAGAUGAAGACAAUGAAACCCUUCUGCAAAAACUCCGGCGCCAAGAAGAAUUAGUGAAGACUUGGCAGGAUCUCCAGCUUAGGCCAGCUGAGAAGAAUGAAGAGGUUAGACAUGAGGGAGAGCAAGAGAAGCUGUUGGAAGAAGCCUUCCCUGAGAGAGAAGGAGAGACCACGGCUCAAAGCGACCAAAAGGAGUUAGAAGAGAUAAUAAGAGCUCUUCGGGAAGAUCUCCAGCACAUUCAGCAGACUCUGAUGAAGAAGGAUGAAGAGAUCAAGUAUCAAACAGACAGAGUCAGGUAUUUAGAGGAGACACUGUCAGGGAGAGAACAAGAGCUAAGGAGGGAGAGCGAACUCCUGAAAGAAUUAACAUCGGCUUUGCGAUGGAAAGAUGAGGGGGAGACCCUAAAAAAACAAAUCCAAAACCUCCAAAAAUGGGAGGAAGAGGUAAUAGAGAAGAGGAAAGUUCUCCAGGAGAGAGACCAUCUCUUGCAAAGGCAGAAGGAGCUUACCCAGCAAUGGCAAGCUGAGAGGAAAGCCAGUGGGGAGGAGUUGGAGUGUGUGGCUGCCGCUUUGAGGCAGACACAAAGCAGAGAACUCGAAUGGAGAGAGAAAGCCCAAGUCCUGAGAGUUGCCCUUAGCAAGAGUGAAAUGACCAAAGGGACUCUGCUGAAAGAAUUAGACGUCCUGCAGAGAAUGGUUUCGGAGCGGGACACAGACCGAUUUCAUCAACAGCAGGCUGUUGCAGAAGGGGAGCAGCUGUCGUGGCUCUCAGAGAAGAGACUCACAUUGCAGAGCCUGGAAUGUCUGCAGCGAACAGUUGCAAGGCUGGAAGAUGAGAAGGUGGAGCUGAAGCAGCAAAAUGCUGAGCUCAGGAGGACUCUUGAGCAGGUGGAACAUGAACGGAGGAGGCUGAAGAGAUGUUUUAGGGGUCAGAUUCUCCCAGGUGCCUGUGGAUCGUCUCUGUCCCAGUCUGAUCAGCACAAAGUGUCCACCUCUAGGCAGGAGGAGUCUCACGCUCACUGCAGUCAGCGAUUAGCUGAGUUACAGAACCAGGUGUCCCUCCUGCAGUCCCAGCUGGCACGAGACCGACAGCACAGGCAGAACUACAUUGAGAGCUGUGCAAGGACCAACCAGGAGCUGUCAGACCUUCACCAGGAGCUGUCCUGCUCCUUAGCAGCUGUGCUCCGGGAGCCCAGAGCUGCUGUUCUGGAAGCAGAGACUCAGAAGCUGGAUCAGUCUCUGAACUUGGCCCUGACGUCCCUGGACUGUCAAUCUCCUGAGAAACAGACAGUGCAUCCAGCAGCCCCACCUGCCAGAAGCCACGACCUGAGGUAACAGCACCUCUGCUCUCCAUCUGAAUGGAAGGAUUUCUGCUAAGACAGAGAGCUCUUGGAUGUGAGAAAUGGGAUGAACUCCUCAGGGCAAGGCUGCUCCCUGCCUUUUCUCUCUGUUCCUCUCCCAGUCAGCUGGUGCUGUCAAACCUCACCUUACGUUGAGGAUUAGGAUCUAUGAAGUGUUAUAUCGGACAGGUGAUUUUUGGGGACAAACUGUGAAUAUGUGAGAAUGAAGACGUAGGUAAGGAGAGAGAAUGAUGUGUGGAGAAGGAAGCCCAAACAUGAACAAUCCCUGAACAGGUAAGACUUCUGGGUGACAUCUGUCCCAGGGCAGCUGCUCCAAUAAAAGGACCAUAAAGGUUGUGCUACAAACAGUUAAAGUAGCAUAACAGCAUUUGUUCUGUUUGCAUUUCCAAUCAUCUCUUAGAGCCAGACACUUAAAAAAAUUUUCUUAAUAAAAUUUUUUUAGAAGAAGGUUAUACAUGUCUUUACUGGGCCCAAUGAGGCUGUUGUGUGAUUUCCCCUCUUGAGGGCAGAGCUGUUUGCUGCAAGGAGAAAUGGAAAUUGGAGGAAAGGGGUGGAGAGAACAUAGCAGGAAUCAAAGGUGGGUGAGAGAGAGGGAGUUCCCUUCCACCUGCUUCCUUUCCACCAUCCCUUUUUCCCUUCCCUUUUUUCCCCCCUUUUUUUUAAUCUGCCUUUUAUUCCCUGUCUUUUCCCUCCCCCUUUUCUCCCCCUCUUUCCCUUUUCCUCUCCCCUUUCUUGCUCUGCUUUUUGCACCCCUUCUUUUCCCUACCCCUCUUUUUUUGCCGCCUUUCCACCCCCCUUUUACCCCACCGCUUUUUUUUCCCCCACCUUUUCCGGCCCUCCCCAUCUCCGCUCCUUUUUUCGCCCUCCUCCUUCCCCCUCCUCUUUUCUCCCAAUCCUUUCAGUUUUUCCCUACAAAGCCCUGGGACUCUGCCAGGACUGCUUUCCCACAGCCGGCCCGGGGCACAGCUCGGCCGCCUCCAAAGGGCCCCAGGGCCGGCACCUUCCCAAGUGGGACCCCCAGCCUGGGGGGCCGUGCCAGCACCCCCAAACAAUGUGUUACAGAAGGACAACACAACAGCAACAAGUUAAACAUCUGUACAGAAUAUAUUUACAGAAUGAAAAUUUUUAUCUUAAAAGCAAUGUUCUUAAAAAAAAAAUCAUCAUUAUAAAAGCAACAGUCUUCUUUUUAAAAACAAUUGUUUUCUUUAUAGGAAAAAAUAAAUAUGACUUCUUAACAACUUUCUUCU